CUUUUAUAUGUUUGUAAUCUGUAAGAGAAUUAAAGCUUCGUUCCAUAGCUCAAUCACUACAAAGAUACAAAAGGUCUUCAUCUAUUGAAGAUGGGAUCUGAAGAAUGUUGCAUUUAUAGAGUGCCAAGCCAAUUGCGUGAAGUGAAACCUGCUGCCUAUACACCUAGGAUACUCCUAAUUGGCCCGCUUCAUCAUUUUGCAAAACCAAAAGUCUUUAGGAGCGAUAUUGAAGCAAAUAAUCUUAUGGAGGAUCUUAAAAAUGGCAAUUCAAGGUAUCUAGAGUAUCUGAUGAUGGAGGACCAAAAAAAGAAGUACAUGGCAGAUUUCCUCAAGAGAUUCGUCGUUGAGGAAAAGAUGAAAGAAAUCAUAAAAGAAUCCCUAGAUGAUAUUUGCGCAAGCUAUGCGGUAUCAACAGAAUGGAUAUCAUCUGCUGACUUCGAAGAGCUAAUCCUUCUUGAUUCAGUUUUCAUCUUAGAGCUCAUUCUCAAACAUUGGGAAAAAAGAAAGGAGACAGCCCAGCCAACCAAAACCACGUCUGUGGAUCCUCAAACUAGUACAAGACAUCAUGACCUGACUGUGGACAAACCUUAUUUCACAACAAUGGCAAUGGUAGAUCUCGUCUUGCUCGAGAAUCAACUUCCCUACUUCAUUUUGGAAAAGUUAUUCGAAUAUUGCAAAAAUAAUUUGGUUGGAUCGUCUCCCACGCCCACGCUAGAUGAACUAAUCCUGAAGUUGUUUUCCCUUGAGGUUGAUAUGACUUGCAGAGAUUACAAGUUCAAAAAUCUUACAGACAUGUACCGUCAUGUUUAUGAAAAUUCUCUUGGAACCAACGCAAGGGGAUCAAAAAAGCCAACAGAAGAUAUGUAUAACGCCGAUAGGCUAUCCCGCUCUGGAGUGAAGUUCAACAAAGUGGGGCGUGAAAACUCCCUAGCUAUUUCGUUUAAUGGAGGUGUUUUAAGUAUGCCAUGUUUCCCUGCAGAUGAUUCUUCUGAAGUCAUAUUGAGAAACGUCAUUGCAUAUGAGCAGUGCCAUGACCCGAGAAAUGCCUUUACUUCUGAGUACAUAGAUCUCAUGAAUUUUCUCGUUACCACCGUUAAAGAUGUUGAGAUACUCACUGCAUCAGGGGCUAUAUCUAAUGAUAUUGGGCGGCCGAGCUUGGUGGUGGAAAUGAUAAACAAGUUAGGUCAAGGCGUGCUGACACCAAUAGACACCAUUUAUCACGACACAACCAAAGAACUCAACAUUCACUGCAACUCUUGUAGAAAUAAUUCUUGUGCCAUUCUCAAGAAAGUCUACUGCAGCGACUUGUGGACUGGGACGGCUACCGCAGUAGCGGCAGUGCUCUUGUUGUUGACUAUCGCUGCUACUGUAGCUUCUAUAUAUCAAGCUGUCAAGACCAAAUGAUUACAUGUAGUUCUAAUAUGCUAAAACUUGUUUGCAACUAUUGUCUUUGUAAUUACCAAAUAAUUUGGUGGUAUGAUCGUUCAAUUUAGUCAAU